AUGGACCAUUCAGUCAAGUUGGAAUAUCUCCAACCACUUGAUGAGGAGCGGUCUGCCAGUGAGCCCAUCCAAGACGAAGUUAAUCCCGAAAAAGAGCCCCCGUAUGCGAAGCUUAUCUACAAAGCGCUCAUGCAAUCUCCUGGGUACACCAUGGUUCUGAAGGACAUCUACGCCUGGUUCAAGGAGAACACGGACAAGGCCACAGACAAGGAGACCAAAGGGUGGCAGAACAGCAUCCGGCACAAUCUAUCCAUGAAUGGGGCCUUCAAGAAAGUUGAACAACCAGCUGGGGAGGACUCAAAGAAAGGCAACAUGUGGAUGCUGACCGACGAGGCCAUACGCGAAGGAGUGAAGAGCACGACGCGAUAUCGAACCAAGAACACCAAGCCGCGCAGCACCAAGGCCAUGCAAGCACCGAGCGCCAAAGGCGGCCACACUGCCCGC